UUUUUUGUUAUGGUAACAAAAACUUCAAAUGUCAAAACGACUGAUGUACAUGCUCUUACAGGUUAUGUUAUUAUUAUAACCUUAAAUUAGUUAUUUAAUUAAAAUAUUGAGAAGAAUAUUGCACCGACCACUGUAGCAAUGGGGUCGUCAGACGAGGAGUUUGGUUGGACGCACACAUCAAAUGAUGACUCCGAUACGGAACCGGAAAAGACAUAUGAUGGCGAAUCAGAGUCCGGCAAAAACUUUAAAAAGAAACUUCAAAAGGAGCUGUUUCAAAAUGGUGAUCACAACGAGUCUCACGAGCGUAAAAAACUCAAGAACCCGAAGCGAGAGGAGUCCUCCCUGUCCCCUUCGCCCCGCCGCGUCAAGCGUGAGUCGCUCGCCAACGGGCACGAUGACUCCGCCGCGGCCAAGCACAUGCUCAAGAUGAAGAUCAAGGAAGAAAAAGCGAGCUUCGCCGUGCCGCACGGUUCUCCGCGCAAGCGUCGCGCCUCCGCGGCCGACACCGAGCCCGAACAGCCUCGGAAGAAAAAGAAGAAGCGCGACAGAGAAAGAGAAGAACAGGAAUCCUCCGCUAUUGAGACCGUCGACGGCUCCGCCGCGGACCCCGACGAUGCCGCCUCAGAAGAGCCAGCCGAGCGCUGCGCUAAAACCUCCGACUCCGAGUCGCCGAAGAAAAAAAAGAAUAGAAAGAAAACUGUAAAAGAUUCUUCAAACGAUCAGGAAUAUUUCGACGGGUGGUCGAAAUUCGAGGCGGAGGAGACGGUCGUCCAGGAACGCCCGACGCCAAAGAAGCGCGAGGAAGAAGUCAAGCCUUUCACGAGCAAGGAGUUCGUCAGCGAUGACGACUCAUCGGAGGACGAGCGGCCCGCACCCGCACCCGCACUUCCCUCUGCACGCUCCCGAGCUAGCCUGAGCGAUGCCAAGUCCGUCGAAUCUCCCCGGCGAGCGAGAAUGUCCAUGUCCGACAGAAUUACCUUUGAGGAGGAAUCGCAGGCCGAGACCGGAUCUAAAACUCGGAAAGAAUCGCACGCGUCGACGGAAUCUCCCCGCCGACCCCGACUAUCAGAAAGGAUCACGUUCGAGGAGGACUCGCAUUCGGGGCCCGAACCCCCCGCGCCGGUUCAAAACAUAACUCAGAGGCGACCCCCGCCCGUAGAACGGCGGAGGAUCUCCGAGCAGAUCACGUUCGAGGAGGACUCGCAUUCGGGGCCCGAACCCCCCGCGCCGGUUCAAAACAUAACUCAGAGGCGACCCCCGCCCGUAGAACGGCGGAGGAUCUCCGAGCAGAUCACGUUCGAGGAGGACUCGCAUUCGGGGCCCGAACCCCCCGCGCCGGUUCAAAACAUAACUCAGAGAAAACCCCCGCCCAUAGAACGCCGGAGGAUCUCCGAGCGGAUCACGUUCGAGGACUCGACCUCGGAGCCGGAGCGGGCCCCGCCCCCGGCCCCGGCGCGCGGCUCCGCGGACGGCGGGCGCCUCGGCCGGUUCCUGCGCGCGCACGCGCACAUGCACCCCGUGCUCGGCGACUUCCCGCCCGGCGCCGCCCUCACCGCCGACGACGACGUAUGGAUCGUGCGCUGCCCGAGGGACCUGCCCGUCGGCGCGCUGAAAGGGAUCACGCUCGACGUCGACUUCAAGAGCAAACUGAAGAUCGGCGGGCGGGCGUACGAGGCGACGCCGGCCGCCGCGGAGGGCGACUCGCGCGUGGCGGUGCUGGCGCCGGCGGCGCGCGGGCGCGGGUUCUGCGUGCGCGCCGUGCGCCUGCGCGGCCAGCUGCGCCUGCGCGCCCGCCCGCCGCGCCCGCGCGCGCCGCUGCCGCAGGACGAGGGCGAGCCGGAGCGGGUCCCGCUGCCCGACACGAGGCCGCGCCACCCGCUGCUGGGCGCCGACUUCGACCGGCCGCUGCCGGCCGAGGUGAAGAGGCGCCUCGCCGCCGCCGGCGCCCGCGCCGAACGACUCGUCGACGAAGUCGAUAGCGACGCGCGGCGAGAGAAAAAGAAGAAAAAGAAGAAGCGCAGGGAGCGCCCGGAACCCGAGCCGGAGGUCGAACCGGAGGUCGAGCCGGAGCCCGAACGAAAGAAGCGCAAGCCGAAACGCGGCUCGAGCGCGGGGCACGAGCGCGAGCCGCGCGGCUCCGAGCGGGACCUCGAGUCGCCGCCGCGGAAGAAAAAGGUCAAAAAGGAAAAGAAAGAAAAGAAGCGACGCGACGAUGCCGCCGUCUGGGACUCCGAGCGGGCCAUCGAGGAGAGCCUCUUCAACUUUUAAUUAUUAAGUAUGUGUUAAAUAGAUCUCAAUAAGGACUCUUAUCGUAAGUGGUGAACAUCAGAGACAAAGCAUACUUUGAGUCAUGUUGUGCAAAAAAUAAUUGAUCGUAUAUAAAGCUCGAUGCAGACGUAACGGAAUUCAGCCAAUUCUGCCUGGUAUAACGAACAUAUUUAAAAACUAUAAAGUAUUUCUUCGAAACUGAAUUCCAUCGUAUCUACACUAAUUUAAGCCAAGUACAAGUUGUUAUUGUUUCUAUUGUUUCAUAAUUGUUGAUUUCAACAAGGACCACCACAGACAAAUGAUUGCGAUAUAAUGUCGUCACGGAAAUAGAUAACUAUAUCAUCUAUAUAUAAAAAUAUCAUCAGAUCAUUCUAUUUACCUAUAUCGAACGAAUAACGUCCACACACAUAAGCGAUUAUUGCCUGCCGGUAAUGGCCUGCUGGCGCCUCUGCAAGUAUAGACUAUUAACAGUUGAGAGUCGUCAGUUUUCCGCCGUACGGCCGCCCCGCCCGCUGGCAAACGGUCUGAUAUAAGUUUAUAUAUAUAAAUUGAAAGUUAGCCGGACGAUACCCCACACAAUUACAGUUCUUUUUGCGUCCAAGCGGCCAGGCUCCAAUUUCACCACGGCUACAAUUGUCAGUGACAUAUGUCGAGCGACAAUUGUCAAGCGACAGGUGACAAAUUACAAUUUUAUAAAAUAUUUUCUAUAGAAAUACUUACAAACGUGACAGGCAUUUUGCUACAAUUGUAUAUUACAAUUAUGUUGUGAAACAAGAAUUAUUUUUUCUAGUCGACAUAUUUGUAGAAUUGUCGGUGAAUCUUGACACUGGUGUCAAGCGGCCAACAGCAACCCACCUAACCUAACUGUACAUCGGUGUGGACCUUAUUACAAAAGGCAUAAGGUCUAACGAUGUACAGUUAUGUAUCUUUUAAACUGGAAGGGUACGAUGAUAGAUGUCAUAUCCAUACAAUUUACAACGAAAAUGCCAAAUGUCACAAAAUUGUAUUGAAUUGACAUCUAUCAUCGUAAUAGCCUUCCAGUCAGAGAUAUAUAACUCCGUAUAAGAUAAAUAAAGUCUAAGAAAAAAACGUGCCUAGGAAAUCAAGAAAAAGUCACUCUCGAAUAGAUGGCGCCAUAUACCUUUGGUCUAUUCUCGGCUAGAUGGCGUCGGCGUCAUCGUUUGAUAUUUAACAAUUUUAACACAUAUCAGUGAAAAAACAUGGGUGAGUGUGGAAUAAUAAAAAUUAAAAAUCAUUUAUCCGUAAACAUAUUUUGAUUAAUUUAUACAUUUUCAAUUUUAUUUUAAGUUUUAAUCGUGUCUCGAUAGAUGGCAGUAAAUGUACCGUGACUACAAAAUUUACUUUGACAAUAGCCCUCUAUACUAUCUAUUAUUUUUGCUUCCAGUUUAAAAACCUACUACAACAGUGUAUAAUAGUGUAGUGUGGUCUUUUAC